CAUCGCUUCCCCUUUGCCUGCGUGUAUGUCUCACUGUUACAGGUCAUGAUGCGUGAUAGGAAUCUCUGCUUUGGUCGCCAUGUCCCACACUUUCCUCAGCCUGACCUGCUGCUGACUAAACACAAUGUACUCGUCCCCGGUGACCAUGGCCGUCACGUGUAUCGAGUCGUACUUUUCCUGCUGCAGGCUCUGGAGGGUGUGCUGGGCGAUCUGGGCCUUGGUGAUGGUCUUGACCCUCCCCAGGUACACUCUGGCCUCGAUCAUGCAGCCGCGGUGGAGGGCCUUGUUGUUGGUGAUUUGCUCGGACGCCGCACUGAAGAGACACACACGCGCGCACGUACAUGCAGAGACAGCACAUUCACGCCAUGAUGUGUCAUGUGCUUACAAGUAGAUGCCGCCCCCAACGAGACCGCCAGUACCAGGCUUCAUGUUGCGACCCGCCGCGAUCGCCUGACCUGCCGCUAUGGAUGUCUGGUGGUACAGCGUGACGGCCUUGGGGCAGUCUUUGGCCCAGUGCUUGCUGUCCUUGUCGCCAGACAGACGGCAGUAGUGCUGCUUGUGCUUCGUCUUGCACCCCUUGACGAGACAUUUCAUGCAGUCCCUGGUCAGGUGGUCGUUGAUCUUGCCGCAUCGACGACACUUGUGUCUCGAGUGGUCCUUUCGGCAGCCCCGCACAGGGCAGCGAGGUGGGGAUGGAGAGCGGCCGCGAGACGACGAGCCGCCGCCCUGCUGAGAUGAGAUCGUCAGGUUGCUGAGCAGCAUGGCAGCCAGCAGCCGCUGAUCGACCGCCUGAGGGAACAGACAGGUGCAUGCAGGUGAAGAGCCAGACAGUGGUGUUUGUGGUGGGCGCGUGUGCCCACCGGGGCUGCAUUGGCGCCCUGUUCGUUGCUGCUGUUCUGCUGGCAUGAGGCGCCUGCUGGUGGCGACUGCAUCAUCGAUGCCAGCAGCUGCGCCGUCAAAUGCUGCAAAGAGACACAGCAUCGGAGUCACUUGCACCCGUACGUCAGGGCACUUCUGCACCUGCAUCAGAUCGGGCUGCAUCGGGUUGUUGCCGGCACAUGACGUCGAAGAGGCCGACGUGCUGGCCUGCGACCGUGAUCUCCGUCGGGACCGCCGGCCGGAUGCGCUCGAACGAGCCUGACACAGACAGCAUCAGCCAUAGGAGACACGAUUCAGCCUUCACAUCCACCAGCCCCGUACAAGUCACCUCCGAGUCAGACUUUGAGCUGUCCGAGUCAUUGCCGUCAUCUCCUUCUCCGCCCGAGUCGCUGUCGCCGGCCUCCGGUGAGGGCUUCUUGAGCGUGGGGCAUGCAGACGAGUAGUGAUCAGAGUCCUGCAGCCAGGCAAACAGACGGAAACGCAUCGGUGUUUCGGUGCAUCAUUGGCAUUCGUUCUUAGUUGAACAGGACCGUGUCGCCGCAGGUUUUGCAGUAGUGCUUGCCCGUCCUCUGGCAGUUGGGGUGAGUGCAGGAAGGGAUCUUGCAGCCGCCGGACUUACUCGCCUGACAGACAGACAGACAGACAGACAGGGACGCAUCAAGCACCGAAGUGAGAUGUGUCCAGGAUGAGCGAGCGGUCCGUCAUCAAGCCAAUCUUCCCACCUGCGACAUUUGACGAUGCGCCGGUUGCCGCACCACCUCCCACACUCUUCAGGGCGUUCCCA